UUCCUUAUUUAGAGAGCUGAAUAGAUAUCAGAGUGAUUUCUCUAGCUGGUGCGGAGAAUGCCAGCGUGUAAAGAAAGAAGCGCAUGAAGAUCAAUUGCUAAUGAAGCGCUCUUUAUUAAAAACUAAACUGAAACCAAUGAAGAGAGGAGGAGGAAUUGUGAAAGAAGCUACUUUGUGAGUAGUUUCAUGUGCAGUUUUUGCUAGUGAUAUUGUAUUAUAUUAGUAAAACUAUCAUCCUCAUGGAGAAAUCACAGUAGUUUUGUUGGUAGAAAUGAGGUGUGAGCGAAAGUGGUGUUUGUUCAAGCUUUAUGCUGAUUUCCUUUUCCAAGUUGGUUUUGCAUUCAAAUCAUCUCAAGUAGGUAUGAUGUCCUAUUUAACAGCUGUGACUUCUCUUUGUGGCAAUGUUAUUUUUGUAUUUUGGCGACAAUACAAUCACCUUUUCUUUUUUUCUUUUUUUUUU